AUGGGCAUCACUCCCGCCCAGGCUUUUGAUAAGGGAUUGAACUUUCAGCCAACAGCUUUCCAGUUUCAGCGGGGCACCCUCACUAGGUGAAUUGAUAUGGUGUGGCGGUGCGGCAGUGGUUGAUAAGUUACUCUUGUUGUGGGACCCUAAUACCCGAAGUAACACCUGGUCAGCUGAAGUUUUCGUGAAACGGAAUCUCCCCUCGAGCAGGUUAUGGUGACUCGGGGCGGGGAGUUAUUGCGCAAUUGGGGUAUAAUUUUUCUAAAAAUUAGACAAGGCUUUUGUCUACGAGAUCCAAAGCACCAAUGCAGCUGUUGAGGCGGUUGAGAGCAAAAUUUACUACUAGAAGUUUCAAACCUCGGUUUUCAGGACAUUUUUUUUGCAAUUCUCGGGUUUGCCAGUGGCCAUGGUUCGCUAUAAUGUCGGAAGGAAGGAUUUCCGAAUCUAUCAUAAUAUUGUACUGUACCUUGCACUCCUGGUAAAUUAGAAACCACAGGUUUCUCACCUCAGACCCAGGUUCUACUCGGAUCCCGAGUAGCCCGAGACAGGCCUCGGCAACGGGAGAUCGCCCCCCUUUUACACAUUCUGGGUCGACAGAAAUGCAACAUCACCUCUUUUUCUUUCUCAAACCCCUCCUACCCGCUAGGUUGUCGGAUUUUUAGGAAUCAUGAAAGCCAUUCAAGUGUCCGCAUACGUUAACGUAGGCCCUUCACCCCCAAACAACCUGCACCAGCGCAUAACUGACUGUGAAUUAACUAUUGCAGGGCCCAGAGGACCUUAAAGUCACCGAGCUCCCGGACCCAAUCCCGGCCCCAGGCGAAUACCUAAUCCAAAUCCGCGCCUCAGCGGCAAACUUCUUCGACCUCCUGCAAAUCCGCGGGAAGUACCAGAACCAGCCCCCAUUCCCCUGGAUCUCGGGCACGGAAUUCGCCGGUACCGUCAUCGCCGCCGGUUCCUCCGCCAAAAGGUUCAAAGUCGGCGACCGCGUCUUCGGUGCCAAACAGGGUGCGUACGCUACAAAGAUCUGCGCUGCGGAGCCGUUACUGCACCCCGUACCCGAACGCUGGGGGUUCGAUGACGCGGCGGGGUUGUAUGUUACUGCCCCUACUAGCUAUCAGGGACUUGUCGGUCGGGCGGGCGUGAAGAAGGGGGAUUGGGUUCUUGUGCAUGCGGGAGCGGGUGGUGUGAGUUUGGCAGCGAUUCAGAUUGCGAAGUAUUUUGGUGCCAAGGUUAUUGCCACCGCGUCUUCCCAUGAGAAGUUGGGGAUUUGCAAGAAGUUUGGGGCGGAUUAUGCGAUUGAUUAUUCUAAAGGCACCUGGUCGAAGAGUGUGUUGGAGAUUACCAAUGGGAAGGGGGUAGACAUCGUCUAUGAUCCUGUAGGCCUUGUGGAGCAGAGCCUGAAGUGCAUUGCUUGGAAUGGGCGGAUAUUGAUUGUCGGGUUUGCGGGAGGGAAGAUUGAGAAGGUUGCCAUGAAUCGGGUCUUGUUGAAGAAUGUUUCGUUAGUGGGUCUACAUUGGGGGCGGUAUCCCGAAAUCCAGAGUGAGAAGCGGACCGUUGAGGAUGUAUGGAGUGGGAUUCUGGGAAUGAUUAAGGAUGGUGGGUUUAAGCCUACUGUCUAUCGGGGCGAGGAGUUUGUGGGAUUGGAGAGUGUCCCGAGAGCGUUGAAGGCUUUGGGCGCUAGGGAGACGUGGGGGAAGGUUGUCAUCAGUGUGCCCAAGGAGGGUGAAAGUAGACUUUAGAUGGGGCGUUGGUUUAUGUCAUUUUCGCUACCAAUUUCCAACCUGUUGCUCCUUUUUGAUAUCUCGUAUUCACAAAACAUCACUCAAUCUAAAAUGGCUUAAUGGAGGAUCCCCUUU